GUAGAAUAAGACUUUCUUCAAAACAGGAUCGGGGUUUUAUACAGAUUAGAUAGUUAAUGGUGAAAAGAUGGGAAACGAAACAUCCAAAGAAUCAAGAGAAUUUGAAUCCAUUCCAGAUUUAUACAAAUUUCUCCUAAAAGAUACUUUCAACAUUAACUGUGAAUUAAGUGAGGAGUUUUUAGGGCGAUAUAAUGUGGGUGUGCUCAUGUCUAUACAUUCAUUAGCUACUUCAUUAUAUGAGCGAAAUUUUAGUGUAUCAGAAAUUCAGCAAAUGAAUACAAGUUUUGAAAAAAUUGUGAUGCUCCAUAGGAGGCGGGUAUUUCAGUUUACUCAUUCAAAAUGCAAUGGACGCUACCAGAAAUUUCCAGAAGAUAAAAUAAAAAAAGCAGAAAUAAAACACCACAAAAUGCACAAGAUUCCAGCCGAUAUAUCAGAAUUUGCAAGCGAUUUUGGAACAGAAGGACGCAAAUUUAAUGUUUUUCUAUAUGGUAAAAUGGAUCACAUAGAAAAUAAAAUAAAAACCCAAAUUGAAAAUGCGGUGACAAAUCUACUUCCUGAAGUGAUUUAUAAAAGGAAAAUUUGUAGUGAAACUUUUUGUAUUGAUGGUGGAAAAGGGAAGAUUAUGCGAUACAAAGUAUGUCCCGUGGAAGCAGAUUUUUACCCAGGAAAUCCUUAUACAGUUAAACCUGUCAAACAAGAUUCGCUGCAAUUUAAGGAAUCACGAUAUUAUGUUUGGAUAGAAAAAGGAAAGAUUAAUUUGAGCAAAACAGCUUCAAAAGAAAUGAAAAAUGUACAUACUUUCGUUGUCCCUACCCUGGAACUAAAUGGAAGCGUGCUAGUAGAACUUGAAGGUACCAUUGAGUUUUCAUGUACCAAGGAAGCAAAGGUGUCAACGGAGGAGGACGGUAGAGGAUCACAAAUUUUCUUUUGGCCCUUAAAUAAGAUCAUACAAUCGAAAGAAAGCAAGAUAUUUAAGACCAGCGUUAAAGUUGAAAUUGAAAUGUCCACAGUUUUGUUAGAGCCUAAACCAAAUAAAACAAUUUCGAUGACUAAAAAAGACGUUGAAAGUUUCAACAAACUGAUUCAAGAAGUACAAUCUCUGCAGGUUGGUCAAUCAAUGUUCACAAAUGAUGAGGACGAAUAUGAAUAUUCCAGGUCUUCUACUUUCAACAACAACUCGACAGCUACAGACCAAAAUAACGAGAAUGACAAUUUCAGACAUAAUGAUAGCACAGAUCAAAACGAUUCAGAUUUAAACCAACACGUACAGUCAGAUAUUUCGGAAGACCUUCCUCCAAUAGGUAAGGAGUUCUUACUCAAAUUUAACUCCAAAGUGGUCACAAGCGUUGCCACUAAAGUAUGGGAUGAUGUUGGUGAAAUAAUUGCUGUUUCCGCAUCACAAUCAGUCGGUAGAAUUUUACAACGCGUGGUUAUUCCAUUAGGUAUUGCUUGGUGGUCUUUAAAUAUUUGGCACUUCGUGAAAGACUACCGCGAAAACAAAAUAACUCUACGAGAGUUAAUCAGAAGAAUUGGCAGAUACGCAAUUACAGACAUUGGUGCAGCUGGAUUGGCAUGUCUUAUUUCAACACUGGUAGCGGGUCCUGCAGGAUUUGCGGUCGGCAUUGGAUUGGCAGUUCUUUUGUCACCUUUAGACUACUUUUUAGGGGACAGAAUUUCAAAAUUCCUGUUGCAUAGAACUCCAGAAGAGGAGGAGGCAAGGCGCUUAGAGCAACUCAGAAAGAAAAAGCAAGGUCUCUUAUUAAAAGCAUACAAAAUACUUCAGAUUGAAGAACAUGCUUCAAAUUGGGAAGUAGAUAGAGCAUACCGGGAUGCUGCAAGAAUUUAUCACCCACGCGAUAGAGCUCAAGAUAUAGGCAACAAAUUUGAUGUCAUCAAUAAGGCUUAUACUCUGAUCAAGCAAGAAAGAUCACAGGAUAAUGAGAAAUAUGGAGUGAAUAACAACACAAUGACACGAAUUCACGCUAUCACAGAAGGAUAAAUAUUGAGAGGAUGAAAUUAAUCGAUGUACACUUUUUCCUGCAUGCUUGAUCUAUUUUAUCAAGCGUCAUGGUGUAACGUUUUAUUUGAUGGUUGUAAUUGCAAGAAAAUAAUAUUCGAUAGCGUGUAUAUUUUGUAAUUAUACAGAAAGAAUUUCUUCCAGUAGCUAUUUUUUUUAUAAUCUAAAAUGAUUGACGAGCUACUUUUGACUUGGUUCGAAUACAAUCGGGGCAGUAGCGAUUAUAAACUUCUUUUGUUAUACUUUCAAAAUCCUGCAUGACUUAGCACCCGUCUAUCUUGAGGAACUCAUUAGCGUCUAUAAACCUGCAAGAUCUCUUAGAUCGAAAAUACAAUGCAGCUGAUACGACCUCGUGUACGCACCAAAAUCUAUGGAGAAAGAUGUUUCGACAAAGCUACUGUGAGCCUGUGGAACAAUCGUCCUAGCCAUCUUAGACAUGUACACUCAAUCAAACUUUUUAAGAAUAUUUGAAAACCCAUUAUUUUAGACUCGUUUUCAGUGAUUUCAUUUAACUUUUUAUACUGACAAUGACUUUCUAUCUUUGUGCUUAUAGUUGUGAUGUAACAUGCCUUUUAAUUAUGAUAAUGUA